AUGGUCGAUGACGAGAACGCGGCCGGUCACUCAUACAAGGUGCAUGUCCAUCCAAAAGGGCUGUUUGCUCUUGCUGGUGCAUGGAACGCCGGCACGGCACAAUGGAAGAGGGUCGACCAUGGCUGGGUGCUGGAUUGCGAGCAAAACACCGCUCCGCUGGCCGUGCUCGAUGGGACGUCGUCAACGGGGGUGGUCAGGGCAUGCUGUGAAGCCGGGGCCGCAAGAUGGGAUGAAACCUGGGUAGGAACCCCAUCGGCUCGUUUUACCAAGGGAUUUGGCAACGGGAUUUAG